AGCCAUGUAUUGUUAGUGCUUUCAAGGGUAAUACAUCUCUGCAUUAAGCACUAUCCACUGCAGUAAGAAGUGUCUCUGACCAAAGCUAUAACCAUAAACAUCUCACCUCUUUUUCUUCCUUUCCGCAGGUCCUUGCUAUGGUUGCCUGUUUUCUUCAUGCACCCUCCUUGUUCCGAUUUUCCAGAGGCACGCCAUGGCCAAUCUCUCGGCCGUGUCUGUGUUCAUUCUCCAGGGCUUCGCCACUGUCCCUGCAUUACAGCUGCUGAGCACGGCCGCCUUCCUUCUCAUAUACCUGGCUGCGGUCCUGGGGAAUGUCUCUAUCGUGAUAGCUGUGACUCUCAACCCCCGCCUGCACACACCCAUGUACUUCUUCGUCAAACACCUCUCCCUGGUGGACCUCUGCUCUACAUCCACCACUCUGCCCAGGGCCCUGGUGGCUACCAUGGCAGACACCAAAGAGAUUUCCCUCCCGGCCUGUGCAUCCCAACUCUUUGCUUUUGUCUGCUUUGGCUCUCUAGAAUGUUUUCUCAUCACCUCCAUGGCUUUUGACCGUUGUCUAGCCAUUUAUCGGCCCCUGACAUAUGGGGCAACCAUGAAUUCUCAGACCUGUGUGUCCCUGGUAGUGGUGGCCUGGGUCAGUGGGCUCCUCUUUUCUACCUUCCACACUGUCAACACCUUUUCCUUACCCUUCUGUGGCCCCAACAUGAUCGACCACUUCUUCUGUGAUAUUCCCCCACUCAUGCAUCUAGCCUGUGGUGACACCGAGGGCCACGAGGCUGCGGGCUUUGCAGUAAGUGGCUGCAUUAUCAUGACCUGCUUUGUCCUCACCUGCCUGUCUUAUGUUCUCAUUGUAUACACAGUGGUUCAAAUUCGUUCUUCAGCUGGCCGCUGGAAGGCCUUCUCCACGUGUUCCUCCCAUCUGGCCACAGUGCUCCUGUUUUAUGGCACCGGAAGUUCCACCUACAUGCAGCCCACAGCCCACUACUCCCCUCUGCAAGGGCGCAUGGCGGCGGUAUUCUACUCGAUCCUCACGCCCACUCUGAAUCCACUUAUCUACAGCCUGAGGAACAAGGACAUGAAAGCUGCUCUGCGGAAGCUUUAUCCACAGGUGCCAUCUUGGAACCUGGCAUUUAGACACGAGAAGGCCCAGAAAUCCACCUGCAUCGAAUUUCCCCUCUAGCCAUGCUGGAGACUAUCAGAAAGGCCGACGCUACUCUUUAAAAUAGUUAUUGGCCAUUUGUGUUACUUUUGUGGGUGUGUGUGGGUGAGGGAAACUGUAUUUAUUAGCCCAUGUGUUCAUUGGCUGUUUUAUUUCCUUGGCUGUCCACUUUCCAGUGUUGUAUUUCCUCCAAACUAAAAUAUGUAGUCUGGAUGAAGAAUGGGGAAGACUGGAGAGGCUCAUGAGACUCACAAGAAACUGAGAAGACUCACCAAGCCCCUCCCAGAGGGUAAACAAAUGGUAAACUUGAGGUAGCUGCCAGCAUUCUGUGCAGGAGCCUCCAGGAGCACAGCUUUCCUGAGACACUACCCAUGCUGAGGUGAAGCAUUUACAGUCCCCCACUAAUACCACAACCACACUGCUGUGACUCACUCUAAUAAACUCACUGGUCGCCAAGCCAGACUUGGAUGAAAAUCACUGCUUUGGCUUGUCACUGCUCUGACCUGAGUGAGCAGGCAUUUCUGUGCCUCUUCCUAGGAAAAGGAUGUACUAGAUAUUUAUAACUAUUCAAAAAUCACUAGCUCACUGAUUUUGUAAAAUGGGUUUGGCUGGCUUGAAUCAUGCAGUGGGGCCUACUGAGGGAGGCUCCCACGAAGCAUUUAAAUAUCUGGAUUCCCUGGCAAUGCCAAAGUACCCUGUUUCUGAGUUGUUUGGGAUUUUAAAAGUGAGGAAUGUAAAGAAGCGUUUACUCCAUAAGACCCACAUGCUAGGGCUGGAGGAAUGGUUCAGCAAUGAAGAUCAUUUGCUGCUCUUCCAAAGGACCAGAGUUUGAGUUCCAGAACCUCAAUGAUGCCGCUCACAACAGCCAUAACUCUAGUUCUAGGGGAUCUGAUGCCCUCUUCUGGCCUCUACAGGUACUGCACUCAAGUACAGGAACACACACACAUUCAGUUCACACAGAAACACAUGUGUAUGCAAAAAUCUUUUUAAAAAAAUACAUACCUACAAACACAGAGAAAUAACUAAGAAAAAUGAGUGAUCAUAUAAGAUAAAAAAUAUACAACUACUAACUGAUACAAAAGCUGGACUAUAUAAAAGGCUAAGGUCAUACUCCUAGUGCUAAGAUUAAAUGUAACAAUGUUAAUAUUCAACCAGACAAGAUGGCUCACUGGUUAAAAAUGUUGGCUGCCAACUCUGACAACUCAAGUUCAAAAUCCAGGACUCACAUGGAGGAAGGAGAGAACUGAGCCCUGAACAUGUUCUUCUGACCUUCAUAUGUGUGCCUUCACACACAUAAACAACACAGAGAGACACUAUACAUAUAUGUGCAGAUACAUUUAUGCACACACAUAAUGUAAUAAAUUUUUUUAAAUGUUAACUUUUUAUUGUCUCAUUUAUAAACUCAUUGCAGCAAACCAAAAGGCUUUACAAUUAGAUUUUAAUGUGGAUUAACAAUCAUAGUCAUCAUAUCUUCUUAAAAGCAGAAAAAUCACAUAUACAUUUACAGCACAAUGAUUGAAGACUCAAAUAUACAAAAAUUACAAAGAAUGCCGAUGUAAGACAAAUUAAGGAAAAAACAAAUAAACAAAGAGCCCAUUGGCCAGAGCUGGGUCCUGCACUAUGCAAUAUGACCUUAUCCGUCAUUUGCUAAAUCCUGAUUCAGUGAGGGCUCCUUAAGGAAGACAGACCUUUUCACACACACAUCAACCAGGUCAACUCAAGAGUGGCUAGUAUGUAAUUAAAUAAACAAAACCUCUACAAUAAAGCACUCUAAUGCUUACAGCGGGUAAGAUUCUGUAGGCUUGGGAAAGAAAAUCAAAUGACUGGUUUAUAUAAUGAAUUGCUGGAAAAAAAUAUAUUCAAAGAAAAGUCUCAAACAAACUGAGGAAACAUGUGGGGACAAAAUAAGCCUACAAAGAGAGCAGUUGAGAAAAGGAAGAUAUUAAAAAGAAAUGACUGAAAAGCAGUGAAGAGAAAACCAUGUGCAAUGAGCUUCCAAGAACAUGUUUAUCGUCCUUCGCAAUCCAAUUACUACAAUUAGAUUCCACAUUAAGUCACAGAAUGCCAAACACCAGGUGUGAAGACAUGUCCCUACAUGCCACCAGCCAUGGGUCAGAACAACCCAUGUUCUCAAAAGCAGCCUGGACAUAUCAACAACCUUAUAACAGUUACAUACCUUCAGAUGCCAGCAAUUUCCUUUUGCCAAAAUUUCCCUUAAGAAAGCAAUCCUAAAUUGGAGGAGGAUCUAAACACCAAAAUGGUCAUUGCAGGAUCACUUAGAAUUAUAAAAACCCCACAUCAAAUAUCUAAACAAGAGCAGAGUAGCCUCACAUGUAAGGUUCUGGGUCUGACAUGCACCUGUUAAAGAGGCACUAGAGAAGGACACAGAGUUAUGACAGAAGUUCUGCAAUGUGUAAAACUGAGUGGAAAAUAAUAAAUGCUACUGCAUAUGUGAUAGCUAAGGAAAUUCCAUUCUGUACCUGGCACCCACUUUAGUAGGCAUUGGCUUCUGACGUAAAUUCCUGAAAACUCUGGCCUCUUGCCUCUCUCCUCAAAACUGUGUUAACUGUGGUGAAAUGAUUAACUAGUUGCUCUGGCUUCUGGAAACAUGCUUAUCACUGUGGGUGGGGGAGUGGGGGCAGUUCCUCACACAGCUGGGGGGAGAGGGGCAGUUCCUCAUAUAGCUGGGGCAAGAGGGGCAGUUCCUCAUAUAGAUAGGGGGAGAGGGGCAGUUCCUCAUAUAGAUGGGGGGAGAAGGGCAGUUCCUCACACAGCUGGGGGGAGAGAGGCAGUUCCUCACAUAGCUGGGGGAGAGGGGCAGUUCCUCAUAUAGAUGGGGGGAGAGGGGCAGUUCCUUAUGUAGCUAAGGGAGUGGGGCAGUUCUUCACAUAACUAAAUUCUGCAGAAGUGGAGUAAUGUGUUUGUCUUUAAAGACCUUUCCCUCAUCUGCUUGGGAGCAUAAUGUUUCUGAUUUGGCUUAGAGAUCAGUGCCCUGCAGGCAGAAUGAAUAAAAUGGGGUAAUUAUAAUCUGUAUUGAGUCUGUGGUCUUUCUCUGGCCCUUCUGAACUCCAUGAUUACUCUUGGAGGACCCAGUGAGAACCUGGGGGACUCCAGACUCAAGGCCAGGGGUUCAGGAAAUAGUGUAACUGGAGCGAGUUGGAGGUGAACUUGGAGGACUGGGGGCACCUGAGACCACAAAGCAAAAAGUCACUAAGUCAGGGAUAGGCCCUAGACAAAGGCAUGUAUCACAAUUCAUAGGCCCUGGGGUGGGGCAACUCUGGAUGGGGGCAAGGACUUUUGUGGACCUGGAAGGCCCCAUGGGGGAGCCCCAGACUGUGUCCACCACAAAUUUGCAAAUUGAAACAAAAGUAAAUUGCUGGCUGACACGUAUGUUAAGACAAGACUGACCUGAGCUAGAGAAAGAAACAAUUUAUCCCUAAACCUAGAACCAAGUAAACAUGCCCUGACUCUGAAACCAGUACCAAAGAAACACUCUUGGUCCCUAGACUCAGAGCCAACGAAACAAAAAAAAAAGCCAAGAAAGUCUAGUGAACAAAAAACAGUUUGGCUCUGAAAUCAGGUCCAGCUCUGCCCCUAGCCCACAAAACUGACCAGCUCCAGAGCAGAAAAAACUAACCAAUUGCUAGCUGACUCCGUACCCAAGAUAUCCUAUAUAAACUGCCAUGUCUGGUCAGUUGUGGGCUGUUCUCUCCAUGUGGAAGAGGCAGCCACUCUCCUGGACUUCUCUUUCCCAAAUAAAUCUCUUUCUCAAGAGUUUUGGGUGUGAAGAUCUUCAUUCACCAGCACAGAGAUGAAGAUUGCUAAAAUGUCCCACAGUGGACUGAGCAAGGUGGAGCUGAACAGAAGAAACUUGCUGAGACAUCCCAUAGUGAAGUGAGCAAGGGGAGCUGAAAAAGUAACACUUUUCUCCAAAACUGGAGAAGACUGCUACAUUUCUGAAGGAGUUUCCCCUAUUGCAGAGUGAAGCAAAAGAAGCAACAUCUUAGGCUGGAGAAGAAGCAGAGCUCUGCCAGGAAGUCCCCUUAAGUGGGGGCUGAGCAAAGCUCAGCUGUAGUGGCUCUCUGGGACAGGAGCAGGAUUUCUUUUCUUUUCUUUUUUUUUUUUUUUAAAGAUUUAUUUAUUUAUUAUGAAUACAGUGUUCUGCCUACAUGCAUGCUUGCAGGCCAGAAGAGGGCACCAGAUCUCAUUACGGAUGGUUGUGAGCCACCAUGUGGUUGCUGGGAAUUGAACUCAGGACCUCUGUAAGAACAACCAGUGCUCUUAACCGCUGAGCCAUCUCUCCAGCCCCAGGAGCAGGAUUUCUAUAUCCUGUGGGGAGACUAUCCCCCACCACACCAGGUAUAGCCUGACUCCCAAUAAGUCAGGAUACCCUUCCCUGCUGAGCUGUCCUAGAAACUCCAGGCCUGACUCUCUCAAGCAGUCAGAAUAUCUUCCCUUCCAGGGGUGAGCUGUCUCACUGCAGCUCCAGCCAUCGAAGCUGUCUUAGCAGCUCAAGGUAUCUGAGAUACCUCCAGGGCUGAGCUGUCCUAGCAGCUCGAGGUAUCCGGGAAAUCUCACCCUCCAGGUCUGGGCUGUCUUAUUGUAGCUCCAGCCAUCAGAGCUGUCCUAGAAACUCAAGGUAUCUGGGAUACCUCAAGGGCUGAGCUGUGUCAUUGCAGCUCCAGCUCUCAGACCUGUCCUAGCAGCUCAAGGUGUCACCUGACUCCUCAAAUGGUCACGAUACCUUUCCCCUAGAGUGGCAACACAGUUACUUACAUUUUGGUGCUGUAACCUGGGACCAAACCCACAGAGCUGCAAAACUUACAGGUUCAAUCACUGCAAGUUACCCUAGGUGCUCAGUUGCAACCUGUGGAAGAAACUCUCAGUAAAGAUGACAAAGGACCUAAUAGGCAGAAGACCAUACAAGUCAUAACAUCUCCAGAUGGCUCUUAUACUAUAGCUUAUUUUGUCAUCAUCUGUGAGAAGCCAGUAGAUGAUAGACUUCCUAAGCCAUAUUUGGAAUUUAUGUUGCAACCCACUCCUAUGAGAGAUUUAAAAACCAUAAAGGAAGUGGUAGUCACAUAUAGCAUUUACUCAACAUAUGUAAGACAGAUGUUAAGUAUGUGGCCUUCCACAAAUAGAAUCAUACCAGAUGAAUGGAAUCGAUUAAUCUCAGCUGUUCUAGAAAAUAGCCAGCAGUUACAAUGGAAAAGCUAGUUGAGAGAGGAAGCUGGAAGCAGGGUAAGAUCAGAGGUUUUGAGAUCUCCCAAGAUCAAAUUCUUGGUGAGGGAUGUUUUGCUGAUAAAAAUGUACAAGCUACUUUUGAUGACCAUACAAGAUCCCUAUACUGUACAGCAGCUCUAAGUGCUUGGGAAGAAUUCUAGAACCAAAAACCCAACUGAGCUAUACACAAAAAAUUUCUAAGGCCCACAAGAGAUUUUUACUGAUUUUUUAUGAAUGAUGACCACAGCUAUAAAAAAGGUAUUGUCAGACAAAGAACUAAGACAAGUAUUAACUGAGUAAUUGGCAUUUAGCAAUACUAAUGCAGAAUGCAAAAGAAUACUUACACCAUUAAAGGUCAGGUGGGCACCUUUGGAAGAAUGGAUUCAAUAUAUUGACUGUGCUGAGUCUCUUAACUAUGGUAAAGAGGAGAGGUAAUGAUAGAAGAGGCAAUUUCCAGAGGUGGAAGGAGGUCUUGAGGUACCAAAUGUUUUAAUUGUGGUAUGCCAGGUCAUAUAAGUAAAAACUGUACACGGGGUGAUCCUAGAAGCAAUACUCCUAGAAAUAACCCAAAUGGGAAUAUGUAAAAGAUGUGGCACAGGCUGACAUUGGACCAAUGAGGGCCGAUGAACAAAAGAUAUACAAAGUCACACUUUACCAGUUGGAAAUGCCUCAGGGAGCCUUCUUGCAGGCUCUCUAAACAUGGUCUAAACUUUUCCACCACUGUGAAGGAAAUUCCUCUCCAGGACAAUUAAACAAGCCAGUGUCUAAUGUAAAGAACAAUACUACACUGGAUGACAGAACAGCUCUGACAGAUGAAUCAACAAUUCCAAACACAAUAAAAUGAAUAUUUUGGCAGAUUUCCAUAAAUGGACAAAGACCAAGGCUUAGCCCUUGAAUUAAUGACAUUGUUCUAGAGGGUCUGGCAGACACAGGUGUGGAUGUGACUAUAAUUACACUGAAAUCAUGGCAUCCGAUUGACUUCUUCAAGAGGUAGUGUAGGGAAAAGGAGCUGGCUAAUGAAACCCAUUCUGACCCUGGAGUCCAGAAAUAGGAAAAGAUGGCUCAGAUCAGGGCAGAAAGAAACAGUUUGGCUCUGAAAUCAGGGAUAUCUCUUCCCCUAGCCCACAAAACUGACCAAUCCCUGGGCAGGGGAAAAAAAAAAACUAACCAAUCACUGUUUGGCUAUCCCCAAGACAUCCUACAUGAACUUCACUGCUUGAUCAGUUGUGGACUGCUCUCUUCACUAUAGUAGAGGCAGCUACUCUCCUUGACCCUUCCUUCCCAAAAGAGUUUCGGGUAUGACGAUCUUCACUCACUGAAAAACAGAAGAUCCUUGCUGUGAUGUCCCAUAGUGGACAGUGCAAAGAGAAACUUUACAGAAGAUCCUUGCUGAGACAUCCCAUAGCAGACAUUGCAAGGAGAAGCUGAACAGAAGAUCCUUGCUGGGACAUCCCUCAGUGGACAGAACAAGGGAGAGCUGAAAAAGUAACACUUUGCUCUGGAGCCGAGAAGAUGGCUACAUUUCUACAGGGGUUUCUCCUUUUGCAGAGUGAAGCAAAGGAAGCAACAUCCUAGGCCAGAGAAGCAGAGCUCUGAUAGGAAGCCCCCUUAAGUAGGGGCUGAGCAAAGCUCAGCUGUAGCAGCUCUCCAGGAGAGGGGCAGAAUUACAAUAUUCUGUGGGGAGACCAUCCCCCAUCACACCAGGUAUAAUGUGACUCUCCUGAACAGUCAGGAUACAGUUCCCUGAAGAGCUGUCCUGGCAGCUCCAGGCCUGACUUUCCCAAACAGGAUACCCUUCCCUGCUGAAGCAGUUCCAGGCCUGACUCUCCCAAGCAGUCAGAAAAACUUUCACUCCAGGGCAGAGCUGUCCUAAGUGGCUUGUGACAUCCAGGAUACUUUGCUCGCCAGCUGUCAGAGCUGUCCUAAGUGGCUGGCAGUAUCAUGGAUACCUCACCCUCUAGCCAUCUGAGCUGUCCUAAGCAGCUUGCAGUAUCCAGGAUAUCUUGCCCUCCAGCUGUCAGCUGUUCUAAGUGGAAACCUCACCCUCCAGGGCUGCUGUCUCAUUGCAGCUCCAGCCACCACCUGAUUCCCAAGUGUCAGAAUACCUCUUACCAGAGCUGCAAAACUCACAUAUUGGUGCUGAAAUCUGGGACCAAACCCACAUAAUUGUAACAAAUUUACUUAUGUUGUUGGUGCCGAAACCUGGGAUAGACUCACUUGGUGCCUGUGCUCUCCCCUUGUGGUCUGAGCCAUACUACAACUCUAUCUGUUAUCUCCAGUCCAUCUGCAACAGACCAGACUUCUAGCUCACUGAUUGCUCUGCAUUUGAUCCAACAAUGGCAAUUAGGUGAGUUCACCUUUUGGUUGAUAUAAAUGUUUCCCUGGGUCUGAGGAAGUGACCAAUGAGUGUCUGGCACCCCUCUGGUACUCUUGGAAGUGGAGGCACCCCCAGCUAUGGUCUUAAGGCUACAGCUAGCCCUCUUCAUCUGGCCACAACCCCCCAUCCUCAGAGCUGCAAUCAGGCAGUUUUAAGCAUACCUUCCUGUGCUCUCCUAUCUUCCCACAAAAGGAGCCACAAAAGUCUCCCUUUUCCAGCCCUUUCCUCUGGAUGAGUGUAGAGAGCUGCGUGCAACCGCACCUCAAAGAUGGCGCUGGCUUCCUCCUUCCACCCUCCCGACGGUGAGUGCUCUCUGUGAUAAACAACUCCUUAUUUGGCUAAGGCUAGGAUCUGGCUUGCUUCCGUGUACCUGGACCUAUCCGCAGUACCCAUGUGGCAGACUGGGGUAGGCUACCCAGAGGCUAUUUAGGUUGUGGGUUGGCUCUCCCCAGGGUCAGAAGAUUGUCUCAAGGUUCCUGAAUAAACUGCUUGGAGAAGAGCCUGGUGUUGCGUCUUCCUUGCUGGUCGAGGCAGACGCGACAAGUGGUAGCCCGUACGGGGAACCUUUACCUCCCCUGUCUCUUGAAGGCUCAGAACUCUUUGCAGUCAGGGCAGUGCACUGGUAAGUCCCCAGGUGAGGUGGGGAUCCGUGACGAAAGCAGGGAUAUUGUUCUUCUCUGUAGACAGAGAGAGCGAAGAAAGUUUGCGGUGCAGUGAACCGAAAGUAAAUAGGUCGCGGAUGAGCGAACCAAAAGGUAGAUAAAUCUUAGAACUAAUUAUGGGCCCUCUUCUUCGCACCCAAUUUUUUCGGCUCUUAAUGAGCUGCUCAGAUCAAAGAACUUAAAGGUUAAGAAAAGUACUUUAGAGAGAUUCCUAGAGGAGUGUGACGUUGUAUCUCCCUGGUUUGCAGUUUUGGGCAGCCUCACCAUCCCAUCCUGAGAGAAACUUGGCAGGGACUUAGACUUCGCCUUCGAGCAAGGAACACUCAAAGCUGGUGUCAGGCCUGUAUGGAAGCUGGUUCGCGGGUACCUAGAGGACCAGCAAUGCAAUGAAGCCAUAGAAAAUGGACAUACAGCUUUAGAGAGUUUGCAGGAAGAGAGAUCGGAAAAGGCAAAUAGUGAAAGAGCAAGUAGGGAAGGGAAAAGUAAGGGACGGAAGGGCGCCCCAAUUCCAUUGUACCCAGACCUCUCCGAGCUUGAAGGACUGGAGAUGUCCGAUUCGGACGAGGAGAUGACUUCUGUAAUAGAAAUGAUGGAUGUCAGAGUCCAAACAUGGACCAUGGAAAAGUACUAGCUAGGCCAGAGAACAAGCCCCUACCCUAAACCAGAUGCCCCCAAAGAUAAAGAACAGGUCAGGCAGGUCAGGUAGCAUAGCAACAGAACAAUGGGCCCUGACCAGUGACCUUACCACCUAGCAGCCUCACGACUUGCACGACUUGCAUGUAGCCCUUCACCUGCACCUCCCCCUUCACCUGCAAGUACGGCACGUCGUGCACCCCUUCCUUCCUUCCUGCCCCCUCUCAUGCUAUAUAAGCCUUGCUGAGGAGAAUAAACUUUGCAGCUUGAUCAGAACACACUGUCUUGCUGUCUUCUCUCAUGUCUCCCAUCCCUCUCAUUCUCUCCCACAGGUGGGUCGCCCCCGUUGACACCCCGCUGGCCAGGGCAGAUGGAGAAUGUGGACUUAAGCAGAAAAGAGAAAACGAAGGAGAAAAAGCGCCCCGAUAAGGUUGAGAGAGAAGAGUGCUGUAUGCAUGGGAAUUGUCAAGCCCAGCCAUCGGCCCCUCCUCCGUACACGGAUGGAGGAAGUGGAGGGUCUGGUCAUACUUUUAGUCCGGGAGUUUGGAGAACAGUGAGAACAGAGCUUUUAUUGGCUUAUCCAGUGUUCCAAGACUCACAGGGGAAUCAAUAUAAGGAACCUCUUGACUUUAAGGUCAUCAAGUCUUUAGCAGAAUCUGUUAGGACCUACGGCACCACCGCUUCUUUUACCUUGGCCCAAGUUGAAGCAUUGAGCAGGCACUGCAUGACCCCUAGCAACUGGGGUGGGUUGGCUCGGGCUUGCCUAAGUCCCAGGCAAUAUCUCGAUUGGAAGGCAUUUUUGAUUGAGUUUGCCAAUGAAGAGGCUGCGGCUAAACAAGCCAGAGGGCAGCCGGCUUGGGGCUUGGAUAUGCUCCUGGGCCAGGGGAGAUUCGCCAAUCAGCAGACUGGUUACCCAGUACAGGUUUAUGAACAGAUUAAUAAGAUCGGUAUUAAAGCCUGGAAGUCACUCCCAAACAAAGGUGAAGUCAGUGGCAAUCUUACUAAGAUCUUACAGGGCCCUACAGAGCCUUUUUCAGAUUUUGUAGCUCACAUGGUUGAGGCUGCAGGCAGAAUUUGUGGGGAUCCUGACACAGCCAUGCCCCUGAUUAAGCAACUUAUUUAUGAGCAAUGUACAAAAGAAUGUAAGGCUGUCAUAACCCCGUAUAAGAACAGGGGGCUAGAGAUAUAGUACCCUACACUAGUCAUCAGAUCCAGGUUUUAACUGCCACCAUAGAUGAUUGGGCUAUUCUUCGCUGCUCUUUUAGUGGUCCUAUAGAUAAUCAUUAUCCCAAACAUCCCCUAAUGACCUUUUAUAAAGAACAUCCUGUGCUGUUUCCAAAAGUUACCGCACCCAAGCCCGUACCUGGAGUUCCUAAUAUAUUUACUGACGGGUCAAAAACGGGGUGUGGAGUUUAUAUGAUAGCUGGCCAAGAGCCUGUACAACAUCAAUUUCAGCCUGAGGCUCCUCAAAUUACCGAACUAAAGAUUGUGAUUGAGGUCUUUCGAGCCUGCCCUUUUCCUUUUAAUUUAAUAUCUGAUUCUGCUUAUGUUGUUAAUGCUCUUAAGGUAUUAGAAGCAGCUGGACCUAUUCAAAGUUCUAGCCCUGUUUGCUCUUUAUUUCAACAAUUACAGCAGUUGAUUUGGCAAAGAACACUUCACUUCCAUAUUAGAGCCCAUACUGGCCUGUCAGGGCCCCUUUGUAAAGGCAAUGAUAUUGUGGAUCAGUGGACUCGCAAAGAAUGGGUAUUCUUAAGCUCUGCUUUGGACAGAGCUAGGGACUU